GGCUCGCAGCGGCUCUAUCUAUCUUCCAUUCACAUCAGAGUCUCUGUCAGCAUCAGAUAAAGCGCUGUCAUGGCGCAAAGUGGGGCAUCUCUUUCUCCAAAAGGGACCCUAUCGGCGCACCUUUGUGGCGCUCUGGCUUUGCUCGUGGCGUGGAUCUCGGGUCUGGGAGCCUUGCGGAGUGACAGCGUUGUCUUUAAGCGAAGCCUUGGGGAGUCAUCGUUCACCGGCAACGACGGGGCGCUUUGGGGAAGCGACGCCGAGGACGGGACUGGUUCUGCAGCUAUACGUUUAAGGAAAUCCCUGUCCCAGGAAAAAGUGUCCCUGCUCAGCAGCUCAUUCGUGCUUAAAGGGGAUGCUACUCACAAUCAGGCGAUGGUGCACUGGACCGGGGAAAACAGCAGUGUCAUUCUUAUCCUGACUAAAUACUACCAUACAGAUACAGGGAAGGUUUUGGAAAGUUCUCUUUGGCGAUCUACAGACUAUGGGACAACAUAUGCCAAACUGAACUUGAUGCCUGGUACAACAAUUGUUGUCACCAAUUUUUACAUCUGUCCUUCAAACAAGAAAAAGAUUAUUCUGGUCAGCUCUACUAUCAAUGACAGAGACCAAAUGCUUUUCAUCAGCACAGAAGAGGGAGCAAACUUUCAAAGACAACCUCUCUUGUUUUCUGUGGAGACACUGGUGUUCCAUCCCAAAGAAGAAGAUAAACUACUUGCUUACAGCAAAGAGAAAAGGCUCUACGUAUCAACGGACUUGGGCAGAAAAUGGACUUUGCUUCAAGAACGAGUGACAAAGGACCGGUUUUUCUGGUCUGUUGCAGGUGUUGAUACUGACCCUGAUUUGGUUCAUAUGGAAAUGCAGGAUUCCAGUGGAGGCUUUCUUUAUGUGACCUGCUUGAUUCAGAAUUGCUCUGAUAAAAUGGUGACAGCACAGUACCUUGGCAAGAUUGACCAAAAUUCACUUGCUGUGCAGGAUGAUUAUAUCUUCGUUAAGGUAACAACUGGAAAUCGGACAAAGUAUUACGUUUCCUAUCGACGAAAUGAAUUUGUCCAAAUGAAGUUUCCAAAAUAUGCACUACCUAAGGAUGUGCAGAUCGUCAGCACCGAUGAAAGCCAGGUAUUUCUUGCACUUCAAGAAUGGUACCAGACGGACACUUACAACCUCUACCAGUCAGACCCGCAGGGUGUCUACUACUCAAUCGUACUUGAAAACGUCAGAAGCACAAAACAGCCAGAGGAAAACGUGCUGAUAGACAUUUUGGAGGUGCGUGGAGUCAAGGGAGUUUUUCUGGCUAAUCAAAAAGUAGACGGGAAGGUCAUGACUCUUAUUACCUACAAUAAAGGCCGGGAUUGGGAUUUUCUUAAUCCACCAUCCAUCGAUAUGAAUGGCAAGACUGUGAACUGCAAACCGCCAAAGUGCCAUCUUCAUUUACAUCUUCGCUGGGCAGAUAACCCGUAUGUCUCAGGCACAGUGCAUACAAAGGACUCUGCACCGGGGUUAAUAAUGGGAGCAGGCAACCUUGGCUCCCAGUUGGUUGAAUAUAAAGAGGAAAUGUAUAUUACAUCGGAUUGUGGGAAAACAUGGAGACAGGUGUUUGAAGAGGAGCACCACAUUUUGUACCUUGACCAUGGAGGAGUUAUUGUUGCAAUUAAGGAUACCUCUAUUCCCCUUAAAAUUCUCAAGUUUAGCAUUGAUGAAGGACAGACAUGGAACACACACAACUUCACCAGCACUUCUGUAUUUGUUGAUGGGCUACUCAGUGAACCUGGAGAUGAGACCCUUGUUAUGACAGUUUUUGGACAUAUAAGCUUUCGCUCCGAUUGGGAGUUAGUAAAGGUUGACUUCCGACAGUCUUUCCCACGUCAGUGUACCGAAGCAGAUUAUGACAGCUGGAAAGUGACCAACUUGCAGGAUGAGCCAUGCAUUAUGGGUCAGGAGAGAAGCUUCCGAAAAAGAAAAGACACAGCGCUUUGCAUCAAAGGAAAGAGUUUUACAUCUGCUUUGACAUUCAAGCCUUGCCAGUGUUCAGAGAAAGACUUUAAUUGUGACUAUGGAUUUGAGCGUGCGGCCAGCCUUAAGGCUGAAGGAGAUCGAUGCUUUGCUGACUUCUGGCAUGACCCUGAUUCUCCUCCUGAUGAUUGUGUGAUUGGCCAGAGCUAUGCAUCAAGCACAGGAUACAGGAAAGUCGUGUCUAAUAUUUGUGAAGGAGGAGUUAAUAAGCAGCAAAGCUCUAAGCAGCACACUUGUCCUCUGCUGCCCCCUAGAGGUCUGCAGCUUGGCAUCAAAGGAGAAACGCUGGCAGUGGGGCCCAGCGAUGACAUCACAUUUAUUGUUCGUCAAGAGCAGGGGGACACCCUGAACACCAAAUAUCAGGUGGACCUUGGUGAUGGAUUUCGGGCAAUUUAUGUAAACCUAACAGUGACAGAUGAGCCUAUUCAACAUCGAUAUGAAAAGCCGGGUAUCUACCGAGUCACAGUCAAAGCAGAGAACGUAGCAGGUCAUGAUGAAGCAGUAGUCUACAUUCAGGUUAACCCUCCCCUUCAGGAGGUUCAUUUAGAAGUGGUGCCUGUCGCUGGGAGGAAUCAGGAGGUUAACCUCACGGCUGUGGUGCUGCCCGCGAGAAACAACCUGACUGUCUUCUACUGGUGGAUUGGAAACAAUCUGCAGCCAAUUCUCUCACUAGCAAACAGUUUGAUCACCAAGUUUCCAGAGACUGGGGAAGUUAGUGUCACAGUUCAAGCUUCAUGCGGACGAUCCAUGGUCCAGGAUACCAAAUUAGUGCGUGUUUUUGAUCAGUUUCAAGCUCUUCCUUUGAAAUUCAGCAAAAACCUUGAUGCCUUCAAUCCAAAUAUCCCUGAAUGGCGUGAAGACAUUGGGCAAGUUGUCACUAAAGCUAUAGCAAAGAUAACCGACAUCACAUUGGAUGAUUUAGUAACUGUUGUGAAGCCCGGCCUCCCAACAACUGCAGAUUUAUAUGUGCUUCCUCCUGAAAGUACACCAAAGAAGAAAAGAAGUCUGUCCACUGAUAAGAGAAUUCCUGCGAUAAAGCAAAUCCUUAAUAGUAACAAUGUCAGCUUUAUUGUGCGAGGUGGCUUGGUGGUGUUAGUUAGCCUUUCUGAUUUAUACUUAGAUUCUCACAGGGGUGGUAUUGGCAGUGGAUUCUGGGCCCUAGCAGUAAUAUUUGUCAUAAGCCUCGUUGCAGUAGGCGCUUUCAUUCUCUAUAAGUUUAAAAGAAAAAUGCCUGGUAGAAAUGUAUACGCCCAAAUGCACAAUGAAAAGGAACAAGAAAUGACAAGUCCUGUCAAUCACAGUGAGGACACGCAGAACAUCAUCCAGGGAGAGGAGUUUAUAGAUGAUGAUCUCGAUUCACAAACAUUAGGAAAUCAUUCUGGUGUGGUCUUGAGCAUAAACUCCAGAGAUCUGCACAACUACCUGUCCAGCUGAUGUUUGCAUUUCUAAACAAACUGCAAAGACUUGUCUCUCUCUAUCUAUUAAUUGUUCGGUUUUGGGACAUCGAGGCAGAAGCAGGGAAUUCAGGAUUUGUUAUUGAACAGACUUCAGCCAGUCAGCUCUGUUAUGAAACAAAAUGAGACUUUCCAUAAUGGACAUCAGAAGAAAGCAACAGUUUGUGAUGUUCUUAAUCCUCUACUUAGCACGAAUACAACACAAUAUGCCCACUUCCUCACUCCUGCCCCUUCCCACACACAAAGAACCCAGGUAUUUGAAAAAGGACACGGGGCUACCGUUUUUUUUAAUCAUCCAUAUCUGAUUUGUAGGGAGUGGUGUUCAAAUCAGAGAGCACCCGUAUCAGUAGUUAAAUGAAAAAAGAUGGCCCGUCCAGCUUUUUGAUCCUUUUUGGUACAUACUAUUUAACCCUGAGAAGAUUCAAUUCUGUGAGGUUUUAGGGCAAAGACAAACCUCAGCACUACAUACAACCUUUUCUUUCCAUCCUCGGCAGUAUAAGACAGUUGCUCUUAGUGUCGCCGUUUCGCUCUUAGUGUAGUUUGGCCUCAGUCACCCACAAACUGCCAAGUCAGACGACUUUUUAGGUUAGCUCUAAUUUAUCGUGAAUGAUCAGGUAGCUUAACUGCUAAUUCUUGAGUGUUUCAGCGGCCAGUAACUGCUCCUGACUUUUCCUAACAAUGGGAUAAAACAGACAAUACCAUUCAUGUUGGAAAUCUUCCCAGUCACUUGUCAGUGUCGUAUUUGCACCCAUAUGCUUAGCUCAGCACACCGGACAUUUCUCGUAAAGCAUGCGUUUGUAUUCAUUUUUAGAAUUCUAAGGUAUAGUCUAACCCUCUGUGACGUGCACAUGGCUCUCCUGCAACAGGUUUAGAAAUCUCUAGACAUCUUUACUAAAGGAAUGUAAUUAUGUUCUGGGAUUUUGUACCUCCAUUCGUCAUGAUCAUAAAACGAUGCAUCCAACAAGCUACUUCUGGGCCAAAAAUCUCUCAUUAUCAUCUCUCUCUCUCGUCUGCUGUUUUAGCUUCACUUGCCUUGUUAAUGUGGUGUGAUCAUCACUCCAGUAGGUGCAGGUUUGGGAACCCUUUCCUUUUUACUUCCUUACUGCAACCAAACCAACUAACCAUAAUGUUCUGUUUGGCUAAUUUGAUGCAAACUGCAAACAUUCUCUAUUAAAUUGCUAUUGUUUUCAUAAUUAGUUUGAUUUUAUUCGUUUAUUGGUAGCUUCAAGUUUGCAAAUUGCACCCAGAGGUCCUUGUAUAAAUAUGGCCUCCUUCACCCCACACUUCAGACGUCUGUACAGGACAUGAUAACCACAAACAUUGCCUUAUGCCUUCUUCACGUCAUUUUAGAAGUGAAUUAAAGCCCCUCAAGACUUGAAGUCAGCUGUGCCUCCUCACAGUUAAGCUCAGGUUACUAAUUUUAAAAUUUUCAUCUGUAAAGCAAAUCAUUUCUUUGUAACCAUCUUCCUAUAAUAUCAAUUUUAAUUACUAUUUACUCAUUAUUUAAAUAUUGCUAUGCCACUGACUCUCCAAGAGCUUUUUAAAUUAAGUGAUUUUUGCAACCAUUUAAUCCCAUUUGGUGUUAUGGCUCACAGAGGAGUGACAUUCUGUGCUUGUUAUCUGGAACUGAAAAAAUAAAAACAAUCGCUGUGAAGUCUGCUUUUUCUGGGAAAAAAAAAUUAUUAAACCUGCUUAAAACAGCAAAAAUAAAAAACAGUGGUCGAGCCAGUACAGAGUCACCAGAAAUUACACAUAUUCCUGUUAUAUUCUUACUCCAAAAAAAAAUCAAAAGUAAAGAAGUCUUGGAGAGGCCGUUUUGAGGAGCCGUACAGGGGGGCUUGGAGGCAAAGUCUCAUUUUAAGGGGCUAUCACUUCUUAAAAGUGUGUUGUGCAGAGGUGUUUGAAUCGGGCCAGGCCCACAGUGAGCUCCGUAUCAAGAAUUACCAGUCAGUCAGUCAACACCUUGUUCUCUACAUCUUCUUUCAUGGGUUUCUUCCCCAUAAGUCAUUUCUUAAUAAAGUCCACAUUACACUGGAGUGCAGUCCUUAAUGGUUCAUCACACUAUGGAGCAAAAGAAGGACACAGAAGCAGUCCAUCGAUCUGCUGUUUGUACUCACUUUUUCUCAGGGACCAGAGUUCAGUAGGAACCAACAGUGAAUCUCAAACCAGGCUAUCUAUCACUCGCCACAUGCUAACCCUGAGAAUAUGUCACCCAUCGCCAACUUGUGAUUGAACAGACACACCGUGUGCUGCCACUUGAAAUCCAUUCCCAGAUAUAGCUCUACAGCGUACACAAAGGAAUAAAGCGAUGCAUGCUAAAGACUGAAAUUGCAGGGAUGCACACACAGGCCAGGGUUUGUGAUCGGAUAAAUGCAAAUGAUCUCCCACAUCGUCUUCAACGCUCCGUUUAGGCCAUCUGAAGUUGGCGUCUCCCUUCACAAUUUGACAUUGAAAAUAGUGGUGUCCAUACAUUACUUGAUCUGCCGCUGAUACACACAUUGUGGCCAUCGUAGGGUGCGGAAUUCUCUGGCUACAUAGACGACUGUUUUCCAUAAACAGGUGACAAGUUAAAUGUUGGUUGGACGUGCAAAUAAAAUCACAAUCACUGUACUUUCUACAUUUGAUAAUAUUACCACUACUACAACUGCAAUUCGAUCGCUUUGUUCAAAUCCAUCUCUCUGUUUCAUGAGCCUUCUUUUUAUUUAACGGAGUUCUGUGGAGUCGGUCUUUUCAGGCAACCUUUGAUGUAAGAUCUCACGUUGUUAUGUUCAUAUUGGACUGGAAGUGAACUUCAAAUAAACAGGAUAUUACUUACAGAAUGACCGAGGACUUUCACAAUGGAAUUUUCAGAAACACGCAAAAGUUUCAUAUCAAAAUAUAAUAAGAUCUUUCUUGGGUAAAACCCAAACGUUACCCAGAAUCAAAAGUUAAAGCUGAAAAUCAAAACCAGAAAGUCUUAUUUUAUUUUUUAUACGGAAAAGAAGAAUGCAUUGCAUAUAUAUGGUGCUUUUCAAGACACUGAAAGUGCUUUAUAUUCAGAGGGGGAGGUUCAACCACAUGGAUGAUGCAACGGCAGCCAUUUUUGCGCCAGUGUGCUCACCACUCAUUAGUUAUUAGGUAGUGAAAGGGUGAGAAAAAUAAAUUAGCCAGUGUUGGACAGAGUAUGAUUAGGUGGCCAAAAAUACCAGGCCAUGAUGGGCAAUUUAGUUAGGACUUUAGGAAACACACUACUGUUUACGAAUGAUUUUUUAUGAUCAGAGAAAGUCAGGGCCUCAGUUUUAUGUCUCAUCCGAAAGAUGGUGCUGAUUUAUUCAGCACAGUGUUCCCAUCACUGCCCUGGGGCAUUGGGAUCCACUCACAGGCUACAGGGUAGGCACACCCGGCAGGCCUUCCCAACACCUCUUCUAAGCUUUUUCUAGCUGCUCUCCCAACCUAACACUGGCCGGGCAUUAAGUCUGUUGUGAGUCGCUUUCCAAACAGUAAGCUCAUGCUGUCAUGCAUUGAGACGUGCCCGAAGCGCAAGACCAGCAACAAACGUGAUUGCUAUGGAGGUGUCCAAGGAAUAUCAUACUUACUCUACAUCAUUAUUUUGUACUAAUUUUUACUAUUAAAUUUACUAUACUAUAAAAUAAAAACUACACUAUUAAUUGUUACCUUAUUUUUAUUCUGACAUUGCUAUUUGGUUUCUUAUGAAUGUCACCAUUUUGUGACUAUGAUUACUAGCAAAGAUGCCAUAGCUGGACAGGUUUGUAGUUGCACUUGACAUUGACAUGCAGAAGCUAUUUAAGAUGGCGGCACACAGUCUUUGAUGCCCAAGUAUUUAGAUUCUUACAAAAACAAAGUUAAGACUAUAAAUUCUUACAAAUGUUUGAAAAAGGAUAUUUUAGUUUUGAUUUACAAUUUGUUUUACUAUUGAAGUACAUUUUAGUUUUGCCAUUAGUCUCCCUAAUUUCUUUUCUUCAUCUUCUGUCCUUUUCUACAAGUCCAUUCCACCUUGGCCACAAUAGCAAUCACAAAAUAUUUCAAAGAAGAAAAUCAAAAAUAAAUAUAAAUUAAUAGCACGUGAGAGACAAAACUGAUGUCCAGCACACUAAUAACACGUGGAUGCUUGCGUGAUCUUUUCUAACGGACCUGUUUAUAAUUACCAAAUAAGCUAAAAUCCAAUUUCCAUGGGAAAUAUGAAAAUGUUCCUGUGUCCUUCAUUGCUCUUGUAUUGUGCAAAGAGUCUCCAUUUCUUUCCUUUAGCAUCACUAGGCUGCUUAUUCCUGGGAAUCCUAUGAAAUGCGACCGCCUCCAUCAUUGUAAAAUGUACACCUGCACAUAACACAAAGCUAACAGAUGGAAGGUCUAUAAAGAUGACAGCAUCCUCCCACAUUCAGACCUGGCAGCACUGGAUGCACAGUAAGAUGGGAAUCAUCUCAGGUGGUCUGUCAAAGUGAACAGUGCUGCACAUGCCGCCCCUCACUUGACCCACAACUGAUGUGUGCACAUACAAACAUUCAAAAAGCCCACAGACAGGGACGUCUCCUGAACUCACAGUGGCACCGCCUCAUCCAGCAUAACCGAACAUGGUCAUACCUGCUUAAUCCAGUUUAGGGUCACAUGGCGCCAGAGGCUAUCCCGGCAGCAGUUCAUCCAAGGCAGGAUAAUGAAUUGAAAUUGACUGCUAAGUAGAAUCCUUUUCCCCCCAAGAAACAUUGAAGCAAACCCUUGAAAUUGGCAUCUAACUGCAGUUCAAAGCAGGCACUGAAUGAAAAACCAAAUAUGUGGGAAUGUCAGGGGGACCACCAUGCAGCACCUUUGUAACUGAUUGUAGGCCUUUGGGUAGCCCAGAAAGUGGGCUGCCAUUCAAACAGCGAGUCUUACUUGCUUCUUUGUCCGACUGUCCCAGGCUUGUUUAUAACAAUUAACUAAAUAGCUGAGACUCCCAGCCUUGAAAUACGCGUGCAUUGUGAUGGACCUCCCUACUUAAGACUGAAAAACUAUGAGGUGACUGGGGGAGGUAGUAAGUGCAUUUAUUUCAAAACAUACCAAAAGUGAUCCUGUGAAAACUGACUGACUGGCAGGUAGACCACAGCUGAACUGUGCCAUCCACAUUUAUUUAUUCAAGCCAUUUGUCUGAAAAGUGAGACACAUGGACGACAUGGAAUGAGAAAAACUCCAGCAACAUAACACACAUUGUCCCGUUCACCACAAGGAUCGAAGACUCGGCACUGCUGUUUCCCUUGCAUUCUAUUUUUGUCCAGAAUAUUCCUUUCUUUUUUCUUUUUCACUUUGUUGUCGUGCGUUCUGUACAUCCACACUGUUGGCACCCUGUGCCAUUGACACUUACUUGUACAUCUAUUGUACAUAUGCUGAUGUUGGCUUGUUAGUUUUAUAGUGUUGUGAUGUUUGUAAAACUCUUCUGGGGCAAUGGAAAAAAAGAAAAAAAGAAGAAGAAGAAGAAUAAUAUACAUAUUUGUCGGGGUAUUAACUGUUGACACAAAAUUGUGAAUUGACUGCACAUUUUACUCUUAAUGUUUUCAGUAAAUGUUCAAGUAUUCAGCAAAACUGUAGUGCACAUAACCAAGCGUCUACAAAAGGGUAACCACGUACUUCAUUUUAACUGUAUAGAUUUAUUAUAAAUAUAUAUAUAUAUAUAUUUUUUAAUCUGCUCAUUGCAGACUUAACAGCUUCCAGAGCGUAAUAGACACAUACUACUGUAUACAUACCUGUGUACUCUGUUGCAUCCAAAGGUAUGCUUUGUUUUUACAAAAUGCACUUCAAAUUGUGGUAAAUAAAACUGGUUGAAAACA